AUGCAUUGCCAAAAGUGUCGGACACCCCUGAAGCUUGACGGCUCCCUGGAGUCGCUCAACCCCGCUGCCUUUGAUCUGCUUGUCGGCUCUACAGGGAAAACGCUUCCAGAUCAUCCAAAUCAUGCCCCGUCUCCCCGUCACCCCUAUCCUGCGGAGCGCCGCGAGCUCUACGAUCGAUCCUCGCGGCAGUCGGGCACGCCUGCAUACCGACGAUCUGUUCCGCCACCACAUCCUAAGCUCGCCCGAGGAGAAAGCAGUGGGGGCAUGUCAUUCGUGAUGCUGACCGAGUCUCAACUUGCUCCUCCACAGCUGUCCGGUGGACCGGAAAGCCGCGAUGCAUACAGUCCUGCCGGUAACGGAAACGGCAAUGGAACACCGAAGUCGCCCGCACAAGAUACGACAGACCAGUCAUUCUCAGACGAAGCCGAAAAAGCGAAUCGGUUGUUUGAAAUAAUAUCUGCGCGCUCGGAUAUCGAUCAUCCUAUUUGUACCGAAUGCACGGAUCUGCUAGUCGAGGGCCUACAAAAGAAGUUGACAACUGCGACGAAAGAGAGGGAUGCAUACAUAUCUUUUUUGAAGACCUUGAACUCAUCCGUGCCUUCGGAAGAGGACGUCGAGGCAGCUAAUAAAGCACUCAAAGAGUCUCAGGAGGAGGAGGAUGCAGCAUACAAGGAACUUUUGGCAUUGGAAAAGGAAAGGGCCGACAUUGAUCGAGAAAUCGCUGCACUAGAGGAAGAAUCGCGAGAACUGGACCUGGAAGAAGAAAAUUUCUGGCGAAACCGGAAUGCAUUUGCUCUGACAUUGGCGGAGUUUCAGGAUGAACGUGACGCUCUAAACAUGCGAUAUGACCAUGACUCUAGACAGCUUGAGCGACUCCAACGAACAAACGUUUAUAAUGACGCUUUCUGCAUUGGACAUGAUGGAUUUUUUGGGACGAUAAAUGGACUACGCCUGGGCCGGCUGACGAAUCCAUCGGUGGACUGGGCAGAGAUAAAUGCUGCCUGGGGCCAAACGUGUCUAUUACUAGCUACAAUCGCCGAUAAACUGGGCUUCCAGUUCAGUGGCUACCGCCUCAAACCCAUGGGAUCUAAUUCAAAGAUAGAGAAAUUUGAAGCCCAACCAAUAUCGCCGGCGGAAUCAUCCAGUCAGCAGCGUCCAGGAGCUCCUGGCACGGAGAGGACGCGCUCGGCUCCGAAGGUGACCUCUCUGGAUCUGUUCUCGUCCGGUGAUAUGCCGCUGAACUUACCCUGGGUUCAUCGCCGCUUUGAUGCAGCCAUGGUAUCCUUCCUCGAGUGUCUCAAACAGCUGGGCGACUACGUCGAGCAAACUCCCAUACCGGCCCCGUCUCGCCGUGGCCAGCCAGGGGUCAGCACCGGGGGAUUAAAACUACCUUACGAAAUCAAGCGGGACAAAAUUGGUGACGCCAGUAUCAAACUCGGCUUCAAUCAAAAUGACGAGCAAUGGACUCGCGCCUGCAAGUACACCCUGACUUGCUGCAAAUUUCUCUUGGCGCAUGCUAGCAAUGUGGCGAGCAUAGCAGCUAGCAGCUCGGCCGGUACCGCAACCCAGCAGGAUGGCGCAGCAGCUCAGAGCCCUAAGAGGUAG